AUGUCGUACGCCAAGAACUUUGGUAUCGAGGUCCCUGCCCGCCUCGUGUCCGCGUCACCAGACUCGUCACCCGCCUCCUCCCCUUCGCCCCCCCCCACUGUCACGGACGAGCCCAAGGACGACUCCACUGCCGACUCCACCGCUGAGUCUACUGUCACCACUGGCAAGGCCAAGGCCAAGGCUGAGAAGAAGGCCCGCCGUGCCCUCCGCGGGGUCCACCGCGCCCUUGACCAGCUCAACACCGCGACCACCGCCGCCACGUUCCAGGAGUCGCAGCGCAACGGCAAGACUACUAUUGUCAACCUGGACCGUGCCCUUGGUGACGCUUUCGGUCCGGCCGUUGCCCCCAAGGUCAUGGGCCUCAUCGACCGCCUCACUCACAAGAUGUUCUCGGAGCCCGAGGCCGUUUACAUCACUGACUCGGAGGACGAGGAGGAGCGUGCCCCCCUCGCCACUAAGGCCCUCCGUGCGUCCCCGGCGAAGGUCGACAGUGACGAGGCCACGGCCGCGUUCCUGCGCGAGUUCAACUUCGAGUCCGAGGACGAGGCUGAGCCCGAGCCCAAGGCGAAGGCCUUGCCCGAGCUCACCUACGAGGGCAAGGGCAAGGGCCGCUACCCCGGCAAGCGCGCCGCGGACGCUGCCGGUCCCACCCCCGCCAGUGGCUCUGCCCCCAUCCCCGCCACCAACUCCCGCAUCCCCAAGCUUAUGAUCCUGCCGGCUGGAGGCGGCCUGCUUAAGUGCAAGGACAAGUCCCUCUACGAGGCUGAGAAGGCCGCUGCCGCCAAGCUCAAGCGCGACGCCGACGACUCCACUGAGGCCGAGUCCGAGUCGGACUCUGCCCCGCCCGCCGCCCCUGCGCCCGUCACCGUCAAGACCGAGCGCAGCGCCACCCGCGUGACCACGGCUCGCGCUGCCACCCCCGUCGCCGACGCCCGCACCCCGACCCCCGAGCCCGAGGUCAAGGUCAAGGCUGAGCGGGCCACCACCCCCGUGGCCGUCGAGCGCACUCCCACCCCCGAGGUCGCGGUCAAGGCCGAGCCUGCCAGCCCGGCGUCCAGCACCGGCUCGAAGCGCAAGCGCGACGACCCCUCCACUGACGAGGCCAACCCCAUAUCUUCCGAGCCCGAGGCCAAGCGCUCGCGCACCCCCGAGGCGUCGGCGUCCGCUUCGGCGUCCGGCUCCACCCCCGCCACUGGCUCCACCUCUACCGACUCUGCUCCCGUCGCCGCUGGCUCCUCGGUCCGCCGCAGCGCGCCCAAGUCGGUCGCGCCCAAGAAGUACGAGUAA